GAUCAAAGUGGAGCAGCUGAAGCCUUAUCACCCUCACAAAGAGGAAAUGAUAAAGAUUAACAAGGGUAAGCGCUUCCAGCAAGCUGUGGAUGCUGUAGAGGAGUUUCUUAGAAAAACCAAAGGCAAGGACCAGGCGUCUUCCCAUAACUCCAAUGAAGAGAAAAAUCGACGUAAUUCCAGUGAAGAAAGAGGCAAGCAAUCCACUGGUGAGGAGAAACGCAAAGCCAGUUUGUCUGAAGGGAAACUGAAGAAGGGCACAGGGGAAGGAAAAAAGAGAGUCUCUUCUGUUUCGUCAGAGAGAGGAUCAAAGUCACCUUUGAAAAGAGCCCAGGAUCAGAGCCCCCGAAAGCGGGGGCGUCCACCCAAGGAUGAGAAGGACCUCACAAUUCCAGAGUCAAGUACAGUGAAGAGAGUGAUGACUGGAACGGUGGCUGGAUUUAAAUGGCCACCAAGCGUCAGUGAGCCUGUGAAGGACAGUGAUCCACACUUUCAUCACUUCCUACUGAGCCAGACAGAGAAGCCAGCUGUCUGCUAUCAAGCCAUCACAAAGAAGCUGAAGGUUUGUGAAGAGGAAACAGGAUCCACCUCCAUCCAGGCAGCAGACAGCACAGCAGUCAAUGGCAGUAUCACGCCUACAGACAAAAAGAUAGGAUUUCUGGGACUUGGUCUGAUGGGAAGUGGCAUUGUCUCCAACUUACUGAAGAUGGGUCACACUGUCACUGUCUGGAAUCGGACUGCUGAGAAGUGUGAUUUGUUCAUCCAGGAGGGGGCACGGCUGGGAAGAACCCCUGCUGAAGUCGUCUCCACCUGUGACAUCACCUUUGCCUGUGUAUCAGAUCCAAAAGCAGCAAAGGAUCUGGUACUUGGUCCGAGUGGAGUGUUGCAGGGGAUUCGCCCAGGGAAGUGUUACGUGGAUAUGUCCACUGUGGAUGCAGAUACAGUCACAGAGUUGGCCCAGGUGAUAGUGUCCCGGGGAGGUCGCUUUUUGGAAGCACCAGUCUCAGGAAAUCAGCAGCUAUCUAAUGAUGGGAUGCUUGUGAUCCUGGCAGCCGGCGACAGGGGUUUAUAUGAGGACUGCAGUAGCUGUUUCCAAGCAAUGGGAAAGACCUCUUUUUUUCUAGGUGAAGUAGGCAAUGCUGCCAAGAUGAUGCUGAUUGUGAACAUGGUCCAAGGCAGCUUCAUGGCAACGAUAGCAGAAGGACUGACUUUGGCUCAAGUGACUGGCCAGUCCCAACAGACCCUUCUGGAUAUCCUCAAUCAGGGACAACUUGCCAGCAUCUUCCUGGACCAGAAGUGCCAAAAUAUCUUGCAAGGAAACUUUAAACCUGAUUUCUACCUGAAAUACAUACAGAAGGAUCUUAGAUUAGCUAUUGCAUUGGGCGAUUCUGUUAACCACCCAACUCCCAUGGCAGCUGCUGCCAAUGAGGUCUAUAAACGAGCAAAAGCAUUGGACCAAUCGGACAACGACAUGUCUGCAGUGUACAGGGCCUACAUUCACUAGGCUGCACCAUUCUUACUGUUAAUACUAUGAUUAUUGAUUAAUAUUAUUAUGAUACUGGGUUUUAACUCUGGACCAGUCCAUCUCUGUCUCUCCAUUUCCUUUUAUACACAGACUUUGAGAUCUGCCAUGGAGGCAGCUGCUGCGGUGAGCCUUCCCCUGGUGGCAGAAGGGGGGGAGGAGGGGGCUCGGAUUGUUGCAGUCUAAUUAGAAAAAUCCAUGCCAUGCACUGACAGUCAUGGAACGAAACAGUGGCGGCUUGUUCAGAAGCUCUGAGGCAACUCUGCCAGAAAUCUGCUGCUUGGCUGCUUUUAUUUUCUUCUUUGUAUGCUUGUCCAAGAUGCUGUUUCUAA